CUCUCACAGUUUAGCUUAAAUACCGCUUGAGCUCUCAAUCAGGUCUCGUUACUUUCCCCGUCAAAAACACCACGCCAACCCGCGAUAUCAGACAAGUUAUUCAAACGGACACACCAUGACCCAACCUUCUCUCAACACUACCUUCGACACUUCUGUAAUCGACCUCUCACAACCUGAAACGGUUCAGUUCACAGGUUCCUUCUCAACCACGGACACAGACCCUUCUGAAUUCGGCGCACCAACUGAGGUUGUUGAAGAUACUGCCAAACCAUCAAUUCCAUCAUCUUCAGAUGAAACCCCCAAGCCCAGUCAGGAUACUCCACGACCUAGCACCGCCGUAACCUCAAGUGUACCAAAGCCAGUCCGUCACAUGGACACCACGGCAGCUUACGAUGCGUGGGCACCAGUGUACGACACAGACGGAAACAUCCUUCAAAAAGUGGAUGAUAUUGAGCUCGAAAAGACACUACCUGUAUUUCUCGACAUGGUAAAAGCAACCGCAGAGGAAUCCCCCAAGGACGCCUACAAAAUCGUGGACUUGGGAUGCGGCACAGGCCGGAACACAAGAAAACUGCUACAGCACAAAUGGAAACUCCCACGCGGCGCGACCAUUGACAUCGUUGGCGUCGACGCCUCUCCUGGUAUGCUUGCCAGGGCGGACGAGAAGCUUCUCCCCAUUGAAGAAGAGAUCAGUGAAGGAGCAGAACCUGCGCCAGUACGGCUCAGCCUCUUCCAGCACGACAUUCUGUAUCCCACGGAUCUUAGCUCUUCGCCUGAUCCGCUUCCCACUCGGGCAGACGCACUGAUCUCCACUCUUGUCCUCGAGCACGUUCCGCUUUCCGUCUUCUUUGCCGCGCUCUCCCGCAUCUUGCUUCCACGCGGGGUUGCGUUGAUCACGAAUAUGCACCCUGAGAUGGGCGCAAAGAGCCAGGCUGGGUUUGUCAUGGCUGAUGCGGAGGGAAAAAGGGUCAAGGUUAGGGGAAAGAGCUACGUGCAUACGGUGGAGGAGACGGUGAAAGCGGCUCAGGAAGUGGGGUUUGAGCUUGUGGGGGAAGUAAUGGAGAGGGAGGUUGAGGAUAAAAUGUUGGAAGAGGGGUUAUUGGGAGAGAGGGGCUGGAAAUGGGUGGAUUGUAAGGUGUGGUAUGGGGUUAUUCUUCGGAAGAAAUGAAGAUCUCUGGCAGGCGACGAGCGCUUUGGCGUCUGGGUAGGAGCUUUCGCUAUUUGUCGACUACGAAAAGGAAAUAUUGAGAAGCUGAGGCAACGUCCGUCCCCGUAAAGCGAGAUUCAUCGCCUAAGGAGAUAAUGAUACCUGUAUGGAGUGGAAUAGGAAAUCCAGUAGAGGUGUUAGUAGUAUAUAUACGCUUUAAAAGCUUUUCACUCAUAUCCAGGACUUAGAAUUGUACCUAGAUAAGGAGUGUUUAAUAGGGAC